GUGACGUAAUCAGUGCAGCUCUGUGUUACGGCGUGCAGGAAAUAUGUUGUGAAAGGUAUGUGAGAAGAUGCUGCUCCAAUUCAGGUCGUUUCAAUCCUCGUUCACAGACAUUUGAGGGAAAAAGUGGUCGGUUUUGUUAAAAGUGCUCAUGGGGCUGAGCCUGUCAGUCAGCUGCCUCCUGUCACUCAUUUCUCUGGUUCUAAGUGUCCUUGGUGAACGCAGUGAUUCCAGUAUCCAUCACCAUGACUACUGUGUGCUUGGGGCAGGGCCUGCAGGCCUGCAGAUGGGUUACUUCUUAUCUCGGAGUCAGAGAGAUUACAUAAUACUGGAGCGCAACUCUGGACCAGGAAGUUUCUUUCGGAAGUUUCCACGUCAUCGGAAACUCAUCAGCAUCAAUAAAAUUUUCACAGGGAGGCAGAACAGGGAGUUUAACCUGCGCCAUGAUUGGAACUCCCUGCUGAGUCACAGGCCAGACCUGCUGUUUCAGAGAUUCAGCCAGGACCUGUACCCUAAAGCUGAUGUUUAUCCUCACUACCUCUCUGUGUUUGCACAAGAACUGGGGCUGCAGGUUAAAUAUAACACAGAUAUAGGAAACAUACAAGCUUUGCAGUUUGAAGGAAGUGGACAUAAAGGCUACAUGCUAACUGAUCAGCAUGGGGUAGAUUAUAAAUGCAGAGUUCUGUUAGUGGCCACUGGGCUCUGGGUUCCAGAGGAGGUCAAUUUUGUGGGCUCUAAUUUAGUAGAAGGAUAUGAGUCCAUCUCCACUGAUCCUGAAGACUAUAAAGAUCAGGCUGUUCUGAUCCUAGGCAAGGGAAACUCUGCUUUUGAAACAGCACAGAGCAUUCUGGGAAGAGCGAGCCGGAUCCACUUGUAUAGCCCAAGCCCUGUACGACUAGCAUGGCAGACACACUAUGUCGGAGACCUAAGGGCUGUGAACAACGAGUUAUUAGACACGUACCAGCUAAAGUCUUUGGAUGGUUUAGUAGAAGGAAGACUGGAGGACAUCGCUAUUGUUCGUGGGGUAGGAAUGAAAAGGAGAGCUGGAAAAAAGACAAGGAGGAAAUUUUCGGAGAAGAAGGAGCAGCUCUAUCUUACUCUCUCAGAACUUUUGGACAGUCGCAAUGUCAGCCAGGGCACUAAUAUUUCUGUCGAAAACCUGCCUGGGUACCAUGAUGACAACUUCUCACUAAGACAGCCGUAUGACCGUGUAAUCCGUUGCCUGGGAUUUCGCUUCAACUUCACCAUAUUUAAUGUCUCUGCCUGUCCACCACGCAGCAGUGUUGCUCGUGGCCGUAUGCCAACAGUGACAGCAUGGUAUGAGGGCAGGGGCACACCCAAUCUGUUCAUCCUAGGAACUGCAGCCCACUCCAGAGACUACCGAAUGUCUGCUGGAGGAUUUAUUCAUGGAUUCCGCUACACGGUGCGUGCUGUGCAUAAGGUCUUGGAUCAGCGUUACCAUAACAAUGCUUGGCCAGUAACCAAACUGCACACCAGUCACCUGCUGCCAUGGAUUUUAAAUAGAGUGAAUGAAGCAUCUGGACCUUACCAAAUGUUUGGAGUUUUAGGGGACAUUGUUUUACUGCAAGGAGCUCACUGCGAGUAUCUGGAGGAGUUUCCUGUGCAGGCGCUACCUCAUUUUGCUGCUUUGUCUGGUCGUCAUGUCUCUCAGUACGGAAUUCUGGUCGUGAUCAUGCAAUAUGGAAUGAAUCACACAGACACUCUUGGGCCAGGCCGUGCUGAAUCAGAAUGGACCAAUGCCUGGAAGUCUAAUUUUCUCCACCCAGUUAUUUACUACUACAGAAGACUGCCUACAGAGAGAGAUAUGAAGCAGCGUCCAGCUGGAUGGCUUCUGCCACGUCCUGAUGCUGUGCAUCAUAUGGUUGAAGACUUCCUGACUGAGUGGGACCAGCCUGUGUCUCACAGUCAGCCCUUGCGUCGCUUCCUUGAACACUGCCUUCAGACAGACCUCAGGGCAUUUUAUGCAGAAUCCUGCUUCCAGCUUUCCCUCACCAAUCUCAAGCCUCCCAUCUUCUGCCUUCAAGGUUACUUAAACAAAGGAGGCAUUGUGGGUAACAGGCAUCUGUGGCAGCAUGCCCAUGAGGCAGGACUCAUGCCAAAACAUCAUAGAUUAGAUCUUCCUGCUAAUGAUGGGUCAUUUUCUGAAAACCUGUCCAAUGCUGGAGCUACAGUGACUUCAACAAUCAACUCUGAGCUCUAAAGCAGGGCAAAAGACUUCAACAUUUACCAGUACCUCUUAGUGAUAUUUACUUAACUAGAUGCUGGAUAUUUUCCCAAACUUGUUACUACACUAUAAUAUAUCAAAUGUUGAGAUAGGAGGGUGUUGUGUUAUGAGCUUGUGAUGAAUAUUUAAGUUAUUCUUCAGACUUUUACUUUUAUAUGUUUAACAUUCACAAAUAUGUACUAUUAUUAAGUGAAACCCUGUACAAAGAUGCUGGUAAAAACUGGAAUUUUACCAAAAUG